AUGGCGGCCGAGCUGCGGGAGGCGCUGGAGCGGCGGCUGCGGGACCUGGGCAUCGCCACCGUCACCGCCGAGCACCCCCAGGUGUUCACUGUUGAGGAAAUGAUGCCCCACGUCCAACACAUGAAAGGAGCUCACAGUAAAAACCUGUUUCUUAAAGACAAAAAGAAGAAAGGGUUCUGGCUGGUGACCGUCCUGCACGACAGGCAGGUCAAUCUGAACGAACUGGGUAAAAAACUGGGUGUUGGAAGCGGAAACCUCAGGUUUGCUGACGAGAACGCCAUGCUGGACAAGCUGCGAGUGGGUCAGGGCUGUGCCACACCGCUCGCCCUCUUCUGCGACCAGGGAGAUGUGAGGCUGGUGCUGGACGCUGCCCUGCUCCAAGGGGGCCAUGAAAAGGUGUAUUUCCAUCCAAUGACAAAUUCUGCAACCAUGGGCUUAAGCCCCGACGACUUCCUGAAGUUUGUGAGAUCAACAGGCCACGAGCCCAUCAUCGUACACUUCGAGGAAGACAUUAAGUAG